UGUAGUUACAACUGCCUGUCUUAGAUUCAAUCUUAAGGCAAAACCAGCUCCACUAUCCCCUUUUCUGUCGGCAGCUCUCCCCACCCCCUCUAACGAGAUUCAGACCAAACAACAAAUCCACACUGUAGUCAAUGCUACACUGAAUUUCCCAAGACUCAAACUUUUUUCUUUUCUCACCGCCACACCAUUUCCCUUCUUCUGUCUCUUGGUUUCUUGGUGGGGGUUUCAAAAUUCAACUCUUUACACUCGAAUUGAUUGAACCCCCGAAAAUAUGCUAGUCCAAGAUCGCAUUUUGCCCACUUCUGAUUCGCCCAAACUCCACAAUCAUCGCAAACCCUUUUCCAUUACGUCCAAGAAUCUCGAUCUAUCCACGUGGGCCUCCGAGAAUCUCUACAAGAUCGUCACGAUUCUCCUCCUCAUCGCCACCGUCGCCGCCCUCUUCUUCCUCCGCAACUACUCCACCGCCGGCGGUGACGCCGCGGCGCUGCUCUGCCUCCAGUCCACGCAGUCCCGCACGAUUCAUCCCAAGUUUCCGAAUAUUAAUUGGAACUCUAUCGACCGCAUUGUUGACAAAUCCACGCCGUUUGCUAACUUUCGAUCGGAGAAAUGGAUCGUCGUCUCUGUAGCGGAUUACCCUUCCGAUUCUUUGAAGAGAAUGGCUAGGAUUAAAGGAUGGCAAAUUCUUGCCAUCGGGAAUUCUAGGACUCCCAAAGAUUGGGAAUUGAAAGGGGCGAUUUAUUUAUCAUUGGAAACACAAGCUCAAUUGGGGUUCAGAGUGGUUGAUUACUUGCCUUACGAUUCAUAUGUUCGUAAAACUGUUGGUUACUUAUUUGCCAUCCAACACGGUGCUCAAAAGAUCUAUGAUGUUGAUGAUAGAGGCAACGUGAUAGAUGACGAUAUAGGAAAGCAUUUUGAUGUUGAGUUGGUUGGUGAGGGUGCUAGACAAGAGGUUAUUUUGCAGUAUAGUCAUGAGAAUCCCAAUAGGACCGUUGUGAACCCUUAUAUACAUUUUGGGCAGCGGUCUGUUUGGCCGAGGGGGUUGCCGUUGGAAAAUGUGGGUGAUAUUGGCCAUGAGGAGUUCUACACGGAGGUCUUCGGGGGGAAACAGUUUAUACAACAGGGUAUUUCCAAUGGGCUACCUGAUGUCGAUUCUGUAUUUUACUUCACUAGGAAGGCUUCUUUGGAGGCGUUUGACAUUAGGUUUGAUGACCGUGCCCCUAAAGUGGCAUUCCCUCAGGGAACAAUGGUGCCUGUCAAUUCAUUUAACACGAUAUUCCAUUCGUCUGCAUUUUGGGGUUUGAUGCUUCCUGUGUCGGUUAGCACAAUGGCCUCUGAUGUCUUGAGGGGGUAUUGGGCACAGAGACUUUUGUGGGAGCUUGGUGGAUACGUUGUGGUAUAUCCACCCACUGUUCAUCGGUAUGACAAAGUUGAAGCAUACCCUUUUUCAGAGGAGAAAGAUCUUCAUGUGAACGUGGGGCGUCUGAUCAAUUUCUUGGUGGCGUGGAGAUCUAGUAAGCAUAGGCUGUUUGAGAAAAUCUUGGAGUUGAGUUACGUUAUGGCCGAGGAAGGCUUUUGGACGGAAAAGGACCUGCAUUUCACUGCUGCUUGGCUUCAGGAUCUUCUUGCUGUCGGUUACCAGCAGCCUCGUCUGAUGACACUCGAAUUAGACCGGCCAAGGGCAACCAUUGGUCAUGGCGACCGGAAGGAGUUUGUUCCUCAAAAGUUACCAUCUGUGCAUCUUGGAGUUGAGGAGAUCGGAACAGUGAAUUAUGAAAUUGGGAACUUGAUUCAUUGGAGGAAGCAUUUUGGGAAUGUAGUGCUCGUGAUGUUCUGCAGCGGACCUGUUGAGCGUACUGCAUUGGAAUGGAGGUUACUAUAUGGCAGGAUAUUCAAAACAGUUAUUAUAUUAUCUAAGGAGAAAAAUACAGAUCUUGCCGUGGAAGAAGGCCAAUUGGACUAUGUUUACAAGUAUUUGCCAAAGGUUUUCGAGAGAUACUCCAGUGCAGACGGCUUUCUGUUUCUGCACGAUGAUACCAUUCUUAAUUACUGGAACUUGCUCCAAGCUGACAAGUCUAAGCUCUGGAUCACAAACAAGGUGUCCAAGUCGUGGACAACUGUCUCGGUUUCUGGGAACUCGGAUUGGUUUGUGAAGCAAGCUGAUAUGGUGAAGAAAGUGGUUGCUGCAAUGCCUGCUCAUCUUCAAGUCAAUUAUAAAGAGAGUGUAAAAGAUCACCAAAACCUCGUAAUCUGCAACUCGGAAGUGUUCUACAUCCCCCGACGUUUUGUUGCUGACUUCACUGAUCUUGUCAAUCUCGUGGACGAGAUGGACGUCCAUCACAAAGUUGCUAUACCAAUGUUCUUUUCAGCAAUGGAUACGCCUGAAAACUUUGACUCGGUACUCAACUCAAUGAAGUAUAAGCAGAAGCUACAGAGCAACUCGACGUUGUUCUACUCUCCCGAAGCCCCUGCCAUUCACCCCUGGAGUGUGACGAGCGAGCACGACUUCAUCAAGCUGAUCAGAAUCAUGGCAGCCGGGGAUCCUCUGUUGAUGGAGCUCGUUUGAUGUCGAAAAUAAAGUUAGACUUUUUUCCUGCAGUUAUGUAUUCAGUUUCAUCGACAAUAAAUACAUACUACACAAAGUUUUUGUUUGUACUAAUAUUCUUUCAGGAGGAAGAAGGCUUCCUUUGUAGAUUUUGUAUUUUGGAAGCAUUGCUUAGGUGUAGAUCUUGCCUAGAAACAGUCAGUUUUGCUUUGGUAUGUUUUCUUGGAAAAUGUAAUGUGUACAUUCGAUUUAAUGUUCAUUCUUACAACA